UCCUGUCUGGGAAUGGCUCUGGAAAAUGUUUUGCUUGCUAAUCCCAAUAUGGGCUGGUGUUAUGGAUCCGAAUGACUCGAAAGGGCAACCAUCCCCGGGGGAGAAGUUGCUGACCCGAAAAACCCUCGACAGCCAGUUAUCAUUAGUGUUGACUCCGAGUCAACUCGCCCCCAGGGACCCCAAGUUUAAUUGCGAACUCCUGUAAUCUUGCUGCCAUGGAGUUGUGUUGCUUUAAUUGGAUCGUCCGACUGCAUAUCAGCAG